AUGUCAUAUUUCCCUACAAUCAAUCACCCGUACUACAACCGCCGCGUCGGUGUUUUCAGCAUCGAGGAUCCCAACAAGCCUCUGCAAGUCUACCUUGUAGUGAACCCCCGUUAUCAACAAGGGUACCCUGCGGCGAAGGACGUUCAGUGGCUAUUCGCCUGGGAUAUGGGCGUGAACAAGGACGGAGACCUCAUACAGCGACGUUUGGAACUCGACUCUGGCUUCGACAGUCUCAGCAACAAUGGCCCAAUCACCUGGACUGUCAGCAAGGCGGAGAAGGCUUCUAGCAUCAGUGUUGCUAUCCCACUCAAAGUUAUGAGUCUGGCACAAAGAAAAUCCUUGGAGACUAUCGCAGUAGCCGCAAAGGUGAAGACACCUGGCGCGGCUUGUAACUCCCAGAAUUGGUGCGAAGAAGUCAUGGAUCAGGCGCAGAAGAAGGGAUUGCUCACCUCGCAAGAAAUAAAGACUGCCUCUGAUGCCGCAAGGCGCGUUGCAGUCCCGAAGAAAUGA